GUUCGUUCAGUCUUGGAGGUAACGUUGAGUGGAAAGGGUGUAGUAAAGAAUUUGUGUUUUUUCGUGUCUGUAAAAUAAUAAUUUCUCAAUUAUUAUCCUCCAUUGCAUUCUCUACUAACAAUUUAUUAAAGGUAAUUUUUUCACAUCAAGCUCUUAUUUGUAUAAUAGUCAUGGAGAAAGUAUAGAAAAAAUCUCAAGUGUACAUUACGCAAGUUUUUUUUUUAUCAAAUCCUCCUGAUUAAUUGCUUAAAGGUCCGUGGGUACAAAAUAUAUAUUGUGCAAGUUGAUAUAAUACCGGGUAGCCGGAUUGCCUUUGAUGAUAAUUCAGUAUAGGAAAUGGUAGAGUAAAAAACUAUAUGGGAAACUUUUCUCUCUUCCAGGAGAUUUAUACAAAAUGUCUACUGAUCGCUUGGAUGUGGUGAUCUUCGGGGCGACAGGAUUCACGGGACAACGUGCUGUGGAGAGGAGUGUUGAAUUCCUGGCGAAACUGAAAUGGGGAAUUGCGGGACGGAAUCAAGCAAAGCUGGAGAAUGUGCGAACAGAGGUGGGCAAGAAAGUGUCCAAAGAUCUCUCGGAAAUUCCCAUUAUUAUUGCUGAUGUGGCUGACGAGGAGUCCCUGAAGAAGAUGGCACAGCAGGCAAAAGUCGUGGUCAACUGCUGCGGUCCGUACAGGCACUUUGGGGAGGCAGUUGUGAAGGCAUGUGUUGCAUCGGGAACGCAUCAUGUGGAUGUGAGUGGUGAGCCGCAGUACAUGGAGAGGAUGCAGCUGCAGUAUGAUGAGGCAGCUCGGGAAUCAGGAGUCUACAUUGUUUCUGCAUGUGGCUUUGACAGUAUCCCCGCGGAUUUGGGUACCAUCUUCCAUGAGCGUCACUUUGAGGGUGUUGUCAAUUCCGUUGAGACAUACCUCGUUGCAAAGGGUGACGGACCCGGAGCAGCUGUUCACUACGGCACAUGGGAAUCAGCUAUUUAUGGUCUUGCCCAUGCUAAUGAACUGAGGGAACUCCGUGGGAAGCUCUUCAAGGAACGCCUUCCCGCAAUGAAGCCAACUCUGAAAAAUCGUCCAAUCAUCCAUCGUGCCCCAAUUGUGAGAAAUGCCGUGUGCCUACCCUUCCUGGGAUCCGAUAGAUCUGUCGUAAUGCGCUCUCAGCGCUUCCUGUAUGAGACCCAGAAGAAACGUCCCGUCCAGAUACGCACCUACAUGUCUGUUGGAACGUAUUUAAAUGCCCUCCUGUUUAUCAUUGCUGGCGCUAUCUUUUCCCUCUUGACACGUUUCUCCAUUGGACGACAUCUCCUCCUGACAUACCCCAAAAUCUUCUCAUUCGGCCUAGCCAGCCAUGAAGGACCAUCGGAGGAGAAGAGGAAGAAUUCAAAGUUUACCAUGUGGUUCCAGGGUAAAGGAUGGUCAGAGCCACUUGCCGAAGGGGAAGAUCAGUACAAGGAUCCACCCACAAAGAAACUCAUUACAAAGGUUUCUGGCAUGGAUUUCGGAUAUGGGAAUACAGCUGCUGCACUUUUACUCUGCGCCACGACAAUCCUCAAUGAGCACGUCAAGAUGCCCGGAAAGGGGGGCGUUUUGGCUCCGGGAGCUGCUUUUGGAAAUACCAGCCUUAUCGAUGAACUCAAUAAGAAUCAAAUCUUCGCAUUUGAGGUCGUUUCCGCCAAGGAUGAUUCCCAAAAUUGAAUUUUGACUUCUUUUCUCCCCGUCCCUACUUCUUAUUGCCCUCAUUGCCCAUCUUAACCAUUCUUACAUUGUUAAUUCCAGUGGCAAUCAACUUUCUCCAUUAUUGUGCAUUAAAAUUAAUAUUAUUAUAAAUAAAAUAAAGAUAUUUUUGCAAAUCCUUAAUAAAAAAUAAAAUAUUAAAGAAGAAAA